AUGGCCAUCAUCAAGAUCUCGGUACCGAAAUCCGAAGCUUCAGUCAUAACAUUCUCGCCGAGUUUGUAUAACAUAACAACUCCUUCUCCGAAAAAUUUUUCUCUGAAAAACCCAAUAACGACAACAUCUACAACAACAAUAUCUCCUGUCAUCACAGAGAGCUACAUUCCAAAACCGGACGAUUUUACCAUUCUCCUUUAUCGCCAUAGAUUCAUUUUUUUCGGUGAUAAGAAAAUAAAAAAGACAUCGGCGACUCAAGCUCAUAUUUUUCCUCCUUACGCUGUAAUAAAAGAUCAGCUUUUCCUAUUCGGAAAUGAUCAGAUUGCAAUGCUCGAUGGAUGCUCAGUUAAAAAAAUGAAAAUCAAAACAUUGAAUUCUUAUAAUUCUGGUUCUGCUGCUCUCUCGAUUGAGGGAAAUUCAAAAGCACUUAUUUGUUUCGACUCUUAUUAUGGAAAUAAAUCCGGUGGGAAAUAUUAUCGAAGAGAGUCUAAAGAUGUUUGGAUUCUCAAAAAUAACGACUGGUCAAUUAUUGGUCAUUUGAAAUCGAGACUUCAUACAGCUUCUUCUAUUCAAAUCCAACAGUUUGUCUUUAUCGUCGACAAUGCUCUGAGUCAGAUGGAAGUAGCAAGAUUAAAAAUUGAAGAUGAUAAGAUUGUUGAAUCAGAAGUUGUUGGUCAUUAUUCCUUUGAGACAAGAUUAUAUGAAAGACCGCCUGUUCUUUAUCAAACGAAAAUGAUAAACUGUAUUUGA